AGACAACCUACAGAUUGAAAACCUUAAUAUGAAAAUCGCCAUGAAUACAUCAUUAUAUCCUCACGAUUUCCACCUGUUUUUUGCAAGUUGCGACGUCGUCGUACCAGCAAUAAUUAUUUCAAAAAGUGGCAUUGUCAACAACCUGUUAUUAUUUUUUGAAUAAUCCAAUUUGUGCUCAAUUUUUCCUGAGUAAAUCGAACUGCGCGAUACGUGAUUGUGAAUAAACAUGCCUAGAGCUUUCCUGAUGACUCACAAAAGAUACAACAAUGACUCAGAUUUGGAUGAUGAUGAUGAUGAUGACAUGGACAGCAAAGAGAAAAACGGUUUAGGUCCAGAACAUUCGGUAAGAACAGGCGAAGCCCUACAAGACACACAAAUGUCGGACACCAGUUCGGAUCUUCCCGACGAACUUUACAAUUUGACCAAGCUCGCCGAAGUUGCAGUGGCUACGGGGCAGAUUCUCGAACGCAGAAACCAAAUGAUGAACAUGAACUCCAACUCGAAUUCGGAUUUUGAACAUCGACAUUCGCCGGAUGGAAUGAACAAUAUGGACGAAAGAGAUCGGGAGAGAGAGAAACAGUUUAUCACUUACACUCACAAAUUGUUUGAUAAGAGUUCUAAAACGCCUAGACACCACUUACUAAAGACUGAACAAAUAAACCAAACCCUAUUCAAUCUGUCCAAAGCCCAACCAGUAAUAUUACCAGCUAGCAGUACCAGCGAAAUUUCAAGUACUUCCUCUGAAUCCAACGACCAUGAAUGUCAAGAAUGUGGAAAAAGAUAUAGUACUUCAUCAAAUCUGGCACGGCAUAGACAAACCCACCGAAGUCCGGCCGAUAAAAAAGCGAGACGAUGUCCGCACUGUGACAAGCUCUACGUCAGCAUGCCGGCUUACUCGAUGCACGUGCGCACCCACAACCAAGGCUGCAAGUGCCAGUAUUGCGGCAAAUGCUUCUCUAGGCCCUGGCUAUUGCAGGGCCACAUCCGAACUCACACCGGCGAGAAACCUUUCAGGUGCACGAUUUGCGCCAAGGCUUUCGCAGACAAGUCCAAUUUGAGAGCGCACGUUCAGACGCAUUCGAACCAGAAGCCUCACGUUUGCGGCAGGUGUGGUAAGGCUUUUGCUUUGAAGUCGUACCUUUACAAGCAUGAAGAAUCGUCUUGUAUGAGGAUCAAUAGGCAUUCGUCUAGGGAGACUACUCCUGAUAAAGAAAAAUCCAUCCCAUCCCCAACACCAGUAAUAAUGUCAUCAACAAGACUCGCCAAUAUCGAUGCUAUAAGAUCGCCAAUGCUCUACCGAUCCACCGUCAUCUCUCCAAAUCCGGAACGAAUACUCUACAGUACAAUCAAGCAUCCUUCUAUGGUACUGAACGCGGCAGUGUUCAAUCAUAUGCUGGCUCAGGAACAACCCAUGGAUUUUUCGAAAAGGGGGGCGAGUUUUGGAGAGCCUAAAAGGGAUGGUAAAAAUGCAGGCUACUCUCUGAUGGCCAUCAAAGUGUAAUCGAGUGACCAAUUCGAGUUGUUAUUAUUAUUUAUAUAUUAUUCCUACAAGGGACCACAAAGUUAUGUGUGAUUGUUUUUGAAAUUUUCGUUAUUGUCUGUGAAUUUUUAUAUGUGCCAAAUAAGGCAAAAAGAAUUGUAUCAAGUAUUAAUUUUAGAAAUUUUAAAAAGUUUUUAGUAAGGUUCCUUUAGCUUAAAUUAUUGAUCUUAUUUAUUUAAUACAUAAAUCUAUACUGAGUGUUUUAUUAAUUAGUUGCAAUUUAUAUUGAUCCUAUAUAAUCACUACAUAUUAUAAUUUAUAAUAAUUAUAAAACAAUAUGUAUAUCUAAUAUUGGUUCUUAAUAAUUUGCCCUCCUGUGAGCAGCUAUAGUACUUAAAUUUUUGUAAAUAUUUGUAUGUAGUGAUGAGUAUUCCGUACUCUUCAAUAUGGCAACAAAAAAUACUAUUAGCCGAUACAUUAUUAUUAUUAUUUUCUUCUUAGUUCUAGUUAUUUUUUGUUUUAAUUUUGUACAACAAUAAUAUGGGAGUCAAACUAGUCUGAAAAUGCCAUAUUUUUUAUUGAAGACCUAGCGUCGAAAAAAAUAUGGCAUGAGAAACGUUUUUAGUCAUUAUUUUUAAGUUUUGUUUUUAGUUUCGCUUAUAAUAUUUAUUUUAUUUUUGUUAUAUCGGCUAAUGAUAUAACGGUGCUAGUCAUUAAUUUUUAAGGAUUUUUAGAUUAGUUUUAUUUAUUCUUACCUUUUGAUUUUCUUAAGGAAGGCUGGAAUGUGCAAUAAAAUAAUAUUUGUAGAAUAUAGGAAUUUUUAGUUUAACAAACAAUUUUCUGUAUUGUUUGUUUUGUGUUUAAAUACUAUUUUCAAUGUAUGUUCUCAUGAUUAAUAAUUAUUAUUGUUAUUUAUAAUAUUGUCCAAGUGUUUUUAGUAAUUUAGUCAUUCCGUAGUGUUUAUUUAUUUGUGUUAAUUGAUGGUAUCUGAUAUACACCUAUAGUGCCUUUCUGUUGUGUGAAAUCACCAUAAAAAAUUUAGAUUUUAGAAAAAUGCAUAUGUAUCUGCAUUCCUUUUCCUUCAGAUAUAAUUUCGUUUUUCUGUCUAUAAUCGCCAUUUUUGUGUACUUUUAUACAGUCGAAUAAAAAAGUUUCUAGAAAAAUUUAUUAUUUGAAUCAUUUGAAAUUCCUAUGUUUGUUGUUCUUUAGUAAGAUAGUAAGAUUUCU